AUGAAUUAUCUCAUCGUACUGGCUUUUGUUUUUCUUUCUCAAAAGGCAUGUAAAGAUACAUUUUAUACUCAAUCAAAUCUUGAUCGUCAUGUACGUACUGUACAUUUACGUGGAAGUCAUUCAUUUACAUGUACAUUUCCAAAUUGUGGUAAAACAUUUACAAGAAAUGAUUCAUUAAAAAAUCAUCGAGCAAAACAUUUUCCAAAUAUGAUUAUGAAAUGUCCAUAUGUUGAUUGCGAAGAAAAAUUUCGUGUACGAUCAACAUAUCAUGCACAUCUUAAACGACAUCGAAAUGAAAAGCAACAAUCAUCAACUAUCUAUGUUUGUGUACUACAAAAUUGUCAAUAUACAACUUCAAAUAAAGCAAGCAUGAAACAACAUUUAACGAAAGUACAUGAUUAUAAACAAGAAAAAGAUGAAGAUAUUCCCUAUGUUCAAUAUCCAUCCAAACAACAACAACAACAACAGCAACAGCAACAGCAACAACUUCACAUUGAUGAACCAACUUCAACUAAUCCCGUUGAAGUAUCAGCUCCUCUUGUAGUUAAAUUACCCGGUGAUGAACCUUUGCCAACAGCAUCACUUGUAGUAUCCCAUUCUCAACCAUUAGUUUCUGCUCCGCCACCCCCACCUUUAAGUGAUCCAUUUGAUUUCUUUAAUAUGAUAAUGAUGCCUGAUAUGCCACUUGGUGAUCUUGAUUGGCUUAAUAUUGAAUCCGAAGAAAAUAUUCGACCACGUAAACGUCAAAAUAUAAUUACAAUUAGUCGUGAUAUGGAAAGUUUAUCAACUGUAGUUGUAGAAAAUUUAAGUGGUUGUGCUCGAACAGAUUAUCGUAGUAAUCAUGCAUUACUUGAACGUGCUAAAUUUCGACGAAAAUUAUUGAAUUAUAAACGAGAACUUUUACGAGUUGAUUCACAACCAGUUCCAACCGCAACAAGACGAGUAUCAUGUCAAUUAUCUGAUGAUAAUGAUAAUGGUAUUGAAGACGAAGAGGAUGAUAUACUUGAAACAACAAUAUGGGAAACAAGUCCAAAACGAAUAAAACGAUGGGUUGAUGUUAAUGAAAAUUAA